UAGUAUUACCUUGUUGCUCUUGCAUGUUCUUGGUGCUGAUAAAACAAUACUUAAUUUAUUGGCUGUUCUUAGAUUAUAAUUUAGAAUUAAUGGUGAAAAACUAAUUUUUAUUUGGUUGUAAUACCUUAAUUAUGGUUCAAGUUCAAACAAAAGAAGAGGUCAGUAACACCUCUGAAAAGCCUCCAGACAGGAAAACCAAAAAACCCGGGAAGAGGCGAAGCACCUUCUAUUGCCUCCCACCUGAUAUUGGUAGUGCUGAAUCCUUACCUCUACACACACAGCAAGGCAGCAAGCAACAUGAGAGUAGAGCUGUCGAAGAUUCACAUAAAGUUGAAAUUACAGAAAAUAUUGCGAACUUUCUUAAAGACAAAGUAGGUGAUUAUGAUGUCAGUUUUGAGAUCAAAACUCGUAAAUCAGAGAGUCACUGGUACAUGAUUUACUAUGAUGGAAGCAUUAAUAUUAGUGAUGAUGAUGAUGAUGAUGAAGUGAGUAAGGUUGAAACCUGCAUGUGCAAUGAAAUUUGUGCAGCUACAACACAACCGUCAUUUGAGUGUACAUAUUCUUCUCUUGAAUGCAAAGGAAAAAAUGUAAAGAAACGAUCUGGUGUCUCAUUUGAUGGAAGGGCCAGUACUAGUCAGGUACAUGUACGCAAGAUCCCUGCACUUAGUGCAGAUGAUGAAGCAAGAGCUUUCUGGAACUGCAUCAAGAAACGAAGAGGAGAGUAUACUUGGAAUGAUCACAUAGGAAACCCAGGUUUGCUGCACAGUGCCUGUUUGGAAGGAACUGUUGAUCCCUCUCUCAGUUGUAAACUCUCAGUGCAUUACCAAGAUAAACAGUCUGCCACAUUCACCUGCAGCCUGGACUCUAGUGUGGAACAUGUGGUGAUGCACACUGUUUGUACCUUGGAACUUCCUGGUGAAUCUGGAGACUACAUUCUCAAGGUAAGUUCGAGGAAAGUGGACGACUACUUGUCAGGAGACACCCCCCUUGGGGAAUAUGAAUAUGUUAACAGUUGUAUGAAAUAUGAUGAAGUGUUUUCUUCACACUCUUUGCAUGCUGAUUCUGUCAGGCAAUCAUAUUUACGUACGGAAGAGGAUGAUCUUGCUGUGAUGAAUGUUCGUGUGGAAGAUCUGAUGUCUGCAGGCUCAGGGGAAGUGAUACAUCAUGAAACAUUAAUUAUUGUAGUUGAAACUUUUGAGACAGAAUUGACACGUCUCCAAAAUUCUGGUUUUCUAUUGGUGGAUGGAACCCCAAUGCAAGAUCUUCCGUCACCAAUGAGGUCACGGAGGCUACGGCAGGUAGUGAAGCAAAUGUGUGCUCUGCUUGGGAAUUUGGAGACGACUGAAGUAUCUGAUGCAAUAAACACUCUUGUGUCUACAUGUAGAAUAAUUCAGAAGAGUCAGGGAAUUCUUGAUGGUGAGGAUGAUGGUCCUGGUCAACGUGUGCUCUCUACAGGCUCCCAUGAUACCUCCAAUCCAGAGGACUUGAAGCAGUUGUUACUAGACACUCUUAGUCGUCUUGCUGGUGCAGUAAACAAUUUCUUGGUGAUGUAUGCCAAAGCAUUCAGGGUGGACUUUACAGUUGACAUGACUGUAGACCCCACACAAGAGCAACGAGACAUUCAAGAUGUACGAGAAAAGGUCUCAAUUAAGGUUCAAGGUCUUCACCGUCUUCAGUUAGAAUGGAAAUAUGAUGAAUAUUUUGUAGAAGCACAGUUGUUUCAUGGAUCAAGAUGCAUUGGUCAGCCUGUCCACACUCCUACCAAGAGGGUUACCGAUGAUCCCAAGUUUUAUCAAAAAAUUAUAUUCAAUCGAUGGUUGGAUUUAGGGGCUCGUGUAAACACAUUACCAAGAGAAAGUCGUCUAGUCCUAACAGUCUUUGGCCUAAAAGUUGUUGAAGCAGAAAAUAAAGUUGAACAACCUCAGUACCUCAGGGAAGAACUUGGCUGGGCUGCCAUACAGUGUUUCUCCUUUGAAGGGCAUCUUACCCAAGGAUAUCAUCUGCUUACACUGUGGCCAAUGGCAAGUGACCGAAGACUUGGCCCUGCUCCUUAUUCCUCAGAUCAUCCCCAAGUUCAUGGCUGUGCUGUUCUUUCUGUGGAGUUGAUGGAUUUUGGAGGUGAUGUGGUCUUCCCAAAAAUUACUCCAUUAGAACCAACCAAGCUGGAGUUCUCAUCCUUGGAUGUAAACACUCAGCAGCUUCUCUCUGAUAUCAUAGAGAGAGACAUCUUUACUUUCAAUAAGGGUUCAGUUGAAGAGCGAGAAAUUUUGUGGGAAAAGCGACAUUACUUGCACAAAGAACCAUUUGCUCUAGCCAAAGUGCUUCUAGCAGCGCAUUCAUGGGAUGUGUCCUGUUUACCUGACCUGCACUCUCUUGUAAAAAACUGGGCUUCACCAGCACCUGCAGAUGCCUUACAUCUUCUUUUGCCAUGUUUUGCAGACAGUGUGGUGCGUGCUCGUGCUGUAGAGUGGAUCAGAGGACUUGGAUCUGAUGAGUUGAUAACCUUCUUGCCACAGCUGGUUCAGGCAGUGAAACAUGAAGCAUGGGAUAUAUCCCCUACAGCAGAACUGUUGUUAGAACGAGCAUUAACUUCACCCAGGCUAGCACAUCACUUAUAUUGGCUGCUUAAUCAGUGCCUUCCUCUUCAGGUAGGAGAUGACCUCCGCCAGGACAUGUUGGUAAUCCAGAUGAUCCGUCUGAUGGACAAGCUGUGGCUAAAAGAGGGAUUUGACCUUAAAGUUGUCACAUUUAGUGUUGUACCCACAGGGGAUAAAAUUGGUGAGGACCAAGAAUGGCUACAAAUGGAUGUACACAGACCGAAAGUCUUGCCUGAGAAGUGGUUACUAGACUUUAAUAUGAGAAGUCAUUUACGGCUUCCAGGAGGAGCUGGAUUUUUUGAAGCAGUAAUUAAUGGAUCUGAUUUCAACCAAAUGGACAAGAACUUCUCUCUACUGAUUGAUAAUGUUAAGCUGCUGCGAAAAUUGUCAUCAUACACAACAAUUGUGGUGAUAAGUGACGAGGCAACCUUCCUCGCCGCCUUCGUCAAGUGGUCCGUCAAGGGGCGCCUCAUGGUGUGGUCGACGAGGCUCCUCAUCCUCACUCACUCUCGCCUCAUGGAGCUGCAGGAUCUCCACACAACCUUGUCCAACUUCAACUCUAUGUUGGUUAUUAUCAACAACGACACAACAAACAUCAGGUGA